AACCACAGAGAGAAUGACGGGAAUAUUACACUAUCAAUCAAAAAUGGCAAGCAAUAAUAGAGAAAGAUAUUAUCAAGAUUAAUAUGAUUAUUCGCUGAUUUAUUAAUCCUUCUUGCAUUUAAUGCAUCACCGAUUCACAAAAAUGUUUGAAUUCAUAUGCAGAACGGAAAUUAGGAUCGUUGAUUUUUAUCGGUGAUGACUGCAUCAUCAAAUUUCAACAACCAUUCCGGAAGACUUUUCUCAAAGAAGAAGAUUACUUUUAUUCGAAUUGUUAGUAGCGAUAAUAUUAAUUAUUGUGAAUUGAGGAGGGAGAUCCGGGGGAAGGAGAUAGCGGCGGAGGACGGCUGCGGAGGAGGAAGAUGCAGCUGCACUUCUCACCCAGCAUGAGAAGUAUAACGAUAUCGAACGGUGGCAAUGGCAAUGGAGGAGGGGGCGAUUUGAUGAAGAUCAAGGUUGCGCCUCGUCACAUUUCCUUCCGUGCGCUCUUCCACGCCAUUUUGAUUCUUGCUUUUUUGUUGCCCUUUGUCUUCAUUCUCACAGCUGUCAUUACUCUCGAGGGUGUCAACAAGUGCUCCUCAUUUGAUUGUUUAGGAAGAAGGUUGACGCCAAAGCUUCUUGGUAGAAGUGAUGAUUCUGGGAGGACUGUCAAAGAUUUUGUUAAGGUUCUCAAUCAAGUGAACUCUGAGAAAGUGCCUGAUAUCCUGAAGCUCCCACAGUCUUUUAGUCAACUUGUUUCUGAAAUGAAAAAGAAUAAGUACAAUGCAAAGGAAUUUGCUUUCAUUUUGAAAGGAAUGAUGGAGAAAUCAGAAAGGGAGAUAAGGGAGUCAAAGUUUGCAGAGCUAACGAACAAACACUUUGCCGCAAGUGCAAUUCCUAAGGGCAUUAACUGCCUCUCUUUAAGGUUGACCGAUGCAUACUCUUCCAAUGCGCAUGCACGCAAACAGUUGCCUUCACCGGAGUUUCUUCCUUUGCUUUCUGACAAUUCGUACCAUCAUUUCGUAUUGUCUACCGACAACAUUCUUGCUGCUUCGGUUGUGGUCACAUCUGCUGUGUAUUCAUCUAUAAAUCCUGAAAAGGUUGUUUUCCAUGUCAUAACUGACAGGAAAACAUAUGCAGGCAUGCAUUCAUGGUUUGCCUUGAAUCCUGUCUCUCCUGCUACUGUUGAAGUGAGAGGAGUUCAUCAGUUUGAUUGGUUAACAAGAGAGAAUGUUCCAGUACUUGAAGCUGAGGAGAACCGCAAUGGGAUUUGGAAUUACUACCAUGGAAAUCAUGUCGCUGGGGCCAAUCUUAGCAGUACAACCCCUCGGACAUUUGCCUCAAAAUUACAAGCUAGAAGUCCCAAGUACAUCUCAAUUCUCAAUCAUAUCCGCAUAUAUCUCCCAGAGCUCUUUCCAAACCUUGACAAGGUGGUGUUCUCUGAUGAUGAUGUUGUAAUUCAGCAUGAUUUGUCCCCUCUUUGGGAAAUUGACCUUAAUGGGAAAGUUAAUGGAGCUGUUGAAACGUGUAGAGGUGAAGAUCUGUGGGUAAUGUCUAAGAGAUUUAGGAACUACUUCAACUUUUCUCAUCCUCUUAUAGCUAACAGUUUGGAUCCUGAUGAAUGUGCAUGGGCAUAUGGGCUGAAUGUUUUUGACUUGCGUGCAUGGAGAAAGACAAACAUCAGAGACACUUAUCAUGCCUGGUUCAAGGAGAAUUUGAGUUCAAAUCUAACGUUGUGGAAGCUUGGCACUUUACCUCCUGCUUUGAUUGCAUUUAAGGGUCAUGUUCAUCCAAUUGAUCCUUCCUGGCACAUGCUUGGAUUGGGCUAUCAGAGCAAAACAAACAUUGAAAACGUGAAAAAGGCUGCUGUAAUUCACUACAAUGGCCAGUCAAAACCGUGGUUGGAGAUUGGCUUUGAGCAUCUCCGGCCAUUUUGGAACAAGUAUGUUAAUUACUCUAAUGAAUUUAUUAGGAAUUGCCACAUCUUGGAGUAGUUUUAAACAAAUAAAUUAUGCACCAAGGAAGUGAUGGGACAGAAGAAAAUCCAUCGAUUGUGCUAGAAGUCUUCAGUAGGCAGAUAACUUUAUCAAUUGCAUUUCAAGAUAAGCUCAAAGAAACUAAAAACCACCCCAAAAUAGUUAUGCAUAUUUUUGAGUUACUGCCGGUCCCCAACUUCCAAAGAAAAGAACCAGUGUUGUUAGCCUGGGCAUAAGAUUCAUUGUUCAAGUCUCUGGAGUAGCUACUCGGCAUCUAGUUUUUGGUUGGACCGACAUUAUUUUUGACCUCCUUCGUGGACCUUGCCUAUAUGCUAGUGCUUAGAAGUAUAUAAUGCUUUACGGGCUUGGCAGAAGAUCUUUUCCAUUGCCAUUGAUCAUGCAAGUUGAUGCAUGGACGAAUGGAGCUAGGAUACAAUCCUUUGUGAUGUUCCUGCACUUUUUCCCCAUUGGCAGUAGAAAUGGUUUUUCUC